AACAGUCACAAAGACCAAAUUAAGAAGAUGACAGGCUUUGGCUCCCCCUGCGGCGCCUGCAAGUUCCUGAGGAGGAAGUGUGUGAAGGGCUGUGUCUUCGCGCCGUACUUCUGCCAUGAGCAGGGGGCCACGCACUUCGCGGCCAUCCACAAGGUGUUUGGUGCCAGCAACGCCUCGAAGCUCCUCAUGCACAUCCCCGUCUCCGACCGCCCCGAGGCGGCCGUCACCAUCUCUUAUGAAGCUCAAGCUCGGCUUCAGGAUCCUAUCUAUGGCUGUGUGGCCCACAUCUUUGCUUUGCAGCAGCAGGUUGCAAAUUUACAAGCACAGCUAGUCAGUCUCAAGACACAGGUAGCCCAAGGGCUAGCCAGUAACACCAUGUCAAACGCGUAUCAAGAUGGUCCCUGCAGUGCAGAAUAUUCGCAAUUCUUCCACCCACAAGACUCGAAUAGCAUAUACGGCCUCGAAGCCCUAAGAGUGGCUCAGUUGCUCUCAAAUCCCAAUCAAAACUCUGCAGCAUUCUGCAGUGGAACAACAUUAACGGAGAGCAACAACUCCAUGGGGGACUUCUCCCCGAGCAUGAAUGAUGAAAUACAGUAUAGUUACGACGACCCAUCUCAGGGCACCAUGGAUUCUCUUCCGAUGCAAGUGGACGCCAAGAAAUUUCUAUAUCAAGAGAUGGGCAAUUGGGGAGAGCUUGAAUCUUUCCCUGUUUCCUUCCUUCAAAAUUCAUGA